AUGCCUCACCACAUCAGCACUGCUGCCAAGAGCACGUCACUUAGGCCUGCUGCCGACGUUUUAUCCGUCGGAGAUACGAACGACACCGUGGAUAUCGACGAGGUUCGUGCGACAAUUCGAGCGUUCCUUGCAAGAUGCCAGAUCCCGUAUUCCAAAAUGGCCUACGACCAAGAAUUCGACCGACUCACCCGCGAAGAUCUCACCCGCCGCCGAUGCCCAUUGGCCGGCCCACACAGCGUCGCACCUUAUAUUCCCCUCUCGGUAUGGAUUGCCAGAACCUCGUAUGGGCACACUCCGCAUGAAACGCAACUCUUCGUAUGCGUGUUCACGGUGCUAGCAAGUUACCUCGACGACACCUAUUCGGACGACACAACCGAACUCAAUGACUUCAACACACGCUUUGUACGGGGACAAGAACAACGUGAUCCCACCCUGCAAUCCAUGGAUGAGCUCAUACGCGAGAUACCACAACGUUACGGCUUCUUCGCCUCGAACGUGAUUGUCAACUCCAUCUUAAACCUACCAACCGCUCUUUUACUCGAGAGCAGGACUAAGGGCAUGUCGAUUCGCUCCGGCGCCGUUCGAUACCCAUAUUGGGCGCGAGUCAUGUCAGGCGUAUCGGAGGCUUACGCCCUCUUCGCGUUUCCUCCCGAGAUGCCAUUCACGGACUUCGUCCAGGCCAUACCGGAAAUCGUGGUGUUUAUAAAUUGCGCGAACGACGUCCUUUCAUUCUACAAGGAGGUACUGGCUGGAGAAAGCACAAACUAUGUUUCCGUUGAGGCAAGGCUCCACCGCAUUUCAAAGAUCGAAUCGUUGCGCAGAAUCGCGGACGAGACAGCGACGUCGCACGAACGGUCGCAGCAGAUGCUGGAGGCCUGCCCCAAAGCGUUGGAAGCUUAUAUGGCCCUGAGCCAUGGAUAUGUAGCUUUCCAUGCAUGUUCCGAACGUUAUCGCUUGAACGAAGCCGGUCUAUGA